ACAGUAUGUGCCCGGCGCUGGGCUUGGCGCCGCACCCCAAAACAGGAACUUCAACAUCGAAUACGUACCGAACCAUCCACCCACGAGAGCCGACCGAUACAGGGGUGGUCCAGAUAUACAAAAGAGAAUGACUCAGAGGGAGGACGUACUGAAGUUCGAGCAGGGCCGAAUAAAGGCCCUGCAGGAGGAACGUCUGCAUAUACAGAAGAAGACGUUCACCAAAUGGAUCAACUCGUUCCUCUUGAAGGCGCGUAUGGAAGUGGACGAUCUGUUCACGGAUCUUGCGGACGGUAAAAAGCUACUGAAGCUGCUGGAGAUCAUUUCCGGCGAACGACUGGCCAAGCCCAAUAAUGGCCGUAUGCGAGUACACAAAAUCGAGAACGUGAACAAGUCGUUGGCGUUCCUUCACACCAAGGUUCGACUGGAGAGUAUAGGAGCAGAGGAUAUUGUUGACGGGAACCCAAGGUUGAUAUUAGGUCUGAUUUGGACAAUUAUUCUGAGGUUCCAAAUUCAGGAAAUUGAAAUUGACGUGGAUGAGGAAAAUGACAGCAGUGAAAAGAAAUCUGCUAAAGAUGCUCUUUUGCUCUGGUGUCAGAGGAAGACCAAUGGGUAUCCUGGAGUCAGCAUUCAGGAUUUUACUGGAUCUUGGAGAAGCGGUUUGGGAUUCAAUGCCCUUAUACAUGCUCACAGACCAGACCUGGUCAAUUGGUCGGAGUUACAACAAAAUAAACAUAUUGACAAUCUUAACUAUGCUUUUGAUGUUGCUAAUUCGGAACUCGGAAUUCCACGACUAUUGGAUGCAGAGGAUGUGGAUACAGCAAGGCCUGAUGAGAAAUCCAUCAUCACCUAUGUCGCCUCUUAUUACCAUACAUUUGCCAGGAUGAAAAAUGAAAUCAAAAGUGGUAAAAGAAUUGCAAAUAUUGUGGGACAAAUGAUGGACGCUGAUAAAAUGAAGGUCCACUAUGAAAAGUUGACCACUGAUCUGUUGGAAUGGAUUAAGAUGAAAAUCGAAGUCUUGGAGAACCGAAACUUCCCCAACUCUCUGGAGGGUAUUCAACGAGAACUUUUGACUUUCAAACAAUACAGAACAGUAGAGAAGCCACCAAAGUAUAAAGAAAGAUCAGAAAUAGAAGCAUUAUAUUUUCAUAUAAAUACCCAAUUAAAGUCCUUAAACCAGCCUGCAUUUACACCUCAAGAGGGUCAAUUGGUACACGAUAUUGAAAGGAAUUGGGUAGAGUUGGAACGAGCAGAGCACCGUCGAGAAGUAGCUCUCAGAACUGAACUGUUGCGGCAAGAAAGGCUGGAACAAUUAAACUACAAAUUCGAAAGGAAAAGUGUCCUACGAGAAGGUUAUUUGAAGGAAAUGAUUCAAGUGUUAACAGACCCAAGGUAUGGCAGUAACUUGGCUCAAGUGGAUGCCACAGUGAAGAAACACGAAGCGAUUAGUGCAGAUAUAUUGGCAAGAGAAGAACGUUUUCAUGAUUUGACAAAUAUGUCCGAGGAGUUAGUUAGAGAGAAUUAUCAUGGUCUCGAAAGAGUUCGCGUUAGGGAACAGGAAGUUCUACAGAGGUGGAAGGAACUUCUAGCUCUUCUGGACCAUCACAAGUCUAAUCUAGUUGCCUUAAGUUCUCUGAUGAGUUUAAUGAGAGAAAUCGACACGACAUUGGCUUCUAUUCAGGAACUUCAAUUGUACUUCCAAAGCACUGACGUUGGUCCUCAUCUAUUGGGCGUUGAGGAUCUAUUACAAAAGCACAGCCUGCAAGAGUUGCAAGUAACCGCUUUAGGCGAAACCCAGAGGAGACUGGGUAGACAAGCAGCCCAACACUUGGCACAGCCACAAAGCAAAGAAGCGCCUCUGUUGCAACAGAAACUGGAAAUGUUGAACCGUGCCUAUGACGAGUUGGUGGAGUACAGUAAGGAACGUAAAGCUCGUUUAGAAGAUGCGCGAAACUUCUUCCACUUCCUCCAAGAUCAUGAGGAUGAGGAGUCCUGGCUGAUUGAGAAGCAGAGAAUUUGUAAAGCUGGGAUCUCGGCGAAGGAUCUCCGUGCUGUGAUCUCCUUACAGCAGAAACACAAAGCUUUGCAAGAUGAAAUGAAAGUGCGGAGGCCGAAGUCUGAACAACUUUGUGACGCUGGAAGAAAACUGAUUGCUGACAGUCAUCCGUCGUCUUUAGAGAUUCAAAACCGUAUCGACUCGUUGCAAGAACACUGGAAGGUCCUCGAAGAGUUGGCAGCUCUUAGGAAGAAACAACUGGAUGACGCAGCAGAAGCUUUCCAAUUCUAUGCCGAUGCAAAUGAAGCUGAUUCUUGGAUGAACGAGAAGAUGGCCCUUGUGGCUUCCGAGGAUUAUGGUGUAGACGAACCCAGUGCUCAGGCACUUUUACAGAGACACAAGGAUUUGGAGGGAGAGUUAAAUGCUUAUAAAGGUGAUGUACAAUCACUAAAUAUGCAGGCUGAGAAAUUGAUUAAGUCUGGAAUUUCAACUCUUGAGCUGUCGGCCGAUCCAGAGCCCGUUGCCGAACUAGAGCAGGAAGAAUGGAGUAAGGAAAUAAGACUAGUACCUCAAGAUGAGUGGGUGGACGAAGUUGUUGAAAAAAUGGAACCUAAAACAGUCCUUGAAGACAGAUUGGUGCCCCAAGUGAAGAGUUUGUAUCCAUUCAGUGGCCAGGGUAUGCAUAUGGUAAAAGGUGAGGUAAUGUUCUUAUUGAGUAAGACAAAUCCAGACUGGUGGAGUGUCAGAAAAGUCGAUGGUGCUGAUGGAUUUGUGCCAGCGAAUUAUGUUCGUGAAAUUGAACCGAAAGUGAUACAAGUUCAAGUGAGAAGGCCGGAGAAAGUCCGGGUAACACAGAGGGUGAAAAAGACAAAAAUGGUAAAACAAAUGGUCCCUGUUAGAAGGGUGAAGUCUAUAAAGUCCACGGUGAAACCAAUUAAACGAAAAACCGCCAGUGAUGGCGACAGCGUGGAGAAACGACAGAAAAAGAUCAAUGACACUUACAAUGAACUGCAGGAAUUGGCAGUGAAACGCCACGCAUUGUUGGAAGACGCCAUACGACUUUAUGGCUUCUAUCGCGAAUGCGACGAUUUCGAGAAAUGGAUCAAAGAUAAAGAAAAAAUGUUGAAAGCGGACGAUGCACGAGAUAAUGUGGAAACUGCGAAAAGAAAGUACGAAAAGUUCCUCACCGAUUUGUCGGCCUCUGGAAAACGCGUUGAAGCUAUCGAUGCAGCUGUUGACGAGUUCGUUAGACAAGGCCAUAGUCAAUUGGAUAAAGUGAAGGCCAGACAGAGGCAUAUCCAUCAGCUUUGGGAUCAUUUGAACUGGCUGAAGGCACAGAAAGAAAAAAGUUUGGAAGGAGCUUCUAGUGUGGAGCUGUUCAACAGAACUUGCGAUGAAGCUCACGAUUGGAUGCUGGAGAAAAUUACCCAAUUAGACACUGCAGAACUAGGUCCUGAUUUAAAAACAGUACAAGCUUUGCAGAGAAGGCACCAACAACUUGAGAGGGAAUUAGCACCAGUCGAAGAAAAAGUAAGGAAAGUAAACUUGUUAGCCAAUAGUGUAAAGAGCUCUUAUCCACAUGAGUUAAAUAAUGUGAAUGCCAGACAAAAUGAAAUUAAAGAACUGUGGAAUCAAGUUCAGACAAAAGCUAAGGAACGUAGGUCUAGAUUGGAGGAUGCAGUUGGUCAGCAGAUUUUCAUGAACAGUUCAAAGAAUUUAAUCAAUUGGGCUGCUGACGUACAAGAAACAAUGAAGGUUGAAGAGCCUGUCAGAGAUGUAGCUACUGCCGAGCAACUUAGAAAGCAGCACAUGGAACUUGGAGAAGAAAUAAAAACACGAGAAGACGAAUUCAGGGAAGUUGAAGAACUCGGCAAUCAAUUACUGCAUCGAAAUCCAGCCUUGGUAGAUGUUGGUGAACGUUUGGAUAAAUUGCACGGAUUAUAUCAAGCCGUAUCAUCCGAUUGGAUGACGAAAGAAGAUCGGCUUCAGCAGUGUUUAGAACUGCAACAGUUCAACCGCGAAGCUGAUCAAAUUGAAGCCACCACCAGUUCCCAUGAAGCAUUCCUAGAUUUCACUGAGUUAGGAGAAUCUCUCGAUGACGUGGAAGCUUUGCUGAAACAGCAUGAGAAGUUUGAGAAUACCCUUCAUGCGCAGGACGACAGGUUGAAGGCAUUUAGUGACACUGCCGAUAAAUUGAUUGCUCAGAAUCAUUACGAUAAAGAUUACAUUAAUGACAGACGGAAUCAAGUUCUGGCUAGACGAAUGGCAGUAAAAGACGCUGCACAACGUCGUCGAGCUGCUUUGAAAGCGUCAGAGCAUUAUCAACAAUUUUCAGCGGAAGUGGACGAUUUGCGAGACUGGUUAGGCGACAAAAUGAAAACCGCGUCUGACGAAAGUUAUCGUGAUCUAAACAAUCUAGAACGAAAACUUCAGAAACAUGAAGCUUUCGAGCGAGAGUUAAGAGCUAAUGAGGGACAGCUGAGAGCAGUGAAUAAAGCUGGAAAAGCUUUAAUAUCCGAAGAAAAUUAUAGAUCAGAUGAUGUAGGUGAAACAUUGAAGGAGUUAAAUGAUCAAUGGGAGAGAUUGGUAGCCUUGUCCUUAGAGAAGGGUCGCAGGCUCAGACAAGCUGCUUCUCAACAUGGCUAUAACCGAACAAUGGAAGAUGCUAGAUUAAAACUAGAAGAAAUAGAAAAUUGUUUGCAAAGCAAGCAAGUUGGCGUGGAUCUUCGAAGUUGUAAAGAAUUACUGAAGAAGCACCAAACACUUGAAAGUGACAUGUGCCAAUGGGAACAAAAAGUGGAUGAUCUUGUCGCUAUGGGUGAAGAAAUGGCCCAUGAAGGACACUUUGAUGCUGCUAACAUCCUGAAAACUAGUCAAGCGACUCAACGAAAAUUCCGUAGUUUGAAAGAACCAGCUAAGAGAAGACGAGAUGCAUUGGAAGAAAGUUUACGGUUUCAUAAGUUUGGCUUUGAAUUGGAUGCUGAGUUGCAGUGGAUAAAAGAUCAUCUUCCUCAGGCAUGCUCAACCACACUUGGGCAGAAUUUGCAUCAAGCACAGACAUUGCAUAAAAAACACAAGAAACUUGAAGCCGAAAUUGCCGGGCAUCAACACAUGAUAGAUAGAACUUUAGCUUCAGGGCAGACUUUGAUUGAUCAGGCUCACCCUGAGAAGAAGAAGAUACGAGAAUUGUGCGAUGAACUUGAAGAUGCAUGGCGAGACCUGCAAGAAAAAGCAGCAGAACGAAGCAAAGCUUUGGAUUUAUCCCUGAAAGCUCAAGAAUUCUACUUCGAAGCAGGUGAAGUUGAAAGCUGGUUGAAUGAGAAAAAUGAUGUUCUUAGUUCCACAGACUAUGGCAGAGAUCGUGAUGCUGCUACAAAAUUACUCACAAAGCACAAGGCUGUCGAAUUAGAACUAGACACUUACAAUGGGAUUGUAACAGAAAUGGGGCAUACAGCUUCUACCAUGAUCAAUGCAAAACAUCCUGACAGUAAAGCAAUAGCAAACAAGCAACAAGCAAUAGCUCAACAGAUGAGGGCAUUACAGAGGCUAGCUACAGUAAGACAGCAACGUUUGAUGGAGAGCAUGUAUCGUCACGAAUACUUUUUGGAAAGUCGAGAAUUAGAACAAUGGAUCAAAGAGCAGGAACAGGCAGCGGCGUCUGAAGACUAUGGUCAAGAUUAUGAACACUUGCUAAUAUUGCAAGCUAAGUUCAACGACUUCAAGCAUAGAAUAGAAGCUGGUUCAGAGAGAUUUAACCAAUGUGAAGAGUUGGCUAGAAAACUUAUUGCCAAUGAGAGUCCAUAUAUUAACGAUAUUGAAAAGAGACAAGAACAAUUAGGAGAGUCUUGGCAACAUCUUCUUGGUCUCAUUCGGAAUCGUGAACAAAGGUUGCAAGCAGCAGGGGAAAUCCACAGAUUCCAUCGUGAUGUCGCUGAAGCUCUGUCACGUAUUCAGGAAAAGGAAGCUGCUCUACCAGAAGACCUGGGACGUGAUUUGAAUUCUGUCCUAGCAUUGAUUAGACGUCACGAGGGCUUUGAAAAUGAUCUAGUUGCUUUAGAGGCACAACUUCAAGUACUAGUUGAGGAUGCAUCGAGACUGCAAGCACAUUAUCCAGGAAACAAUGCAGUUCACAUAGAUCAACAACAACAGAUUGUUGUUGCCCAUUGGGAAGAAUUGAAGGAAAGGUCUGCUCAUAGACGAGAUCAGUUGCAAGCUAGUUGUGACCUGCAGCGCUUUUUAACUCAGGUUAGAGAUUUAAUGAACUGGGCAGCUGGGCUACGUGCCACAAUGUCAACUGAAGAUAAAGUAAGGGAUGCAGCAAGUGCACAGAUCUUAAAAGCCGAACAUGAAGCUUUGAAAGGAGAGAUAGAAGCAAGAGAGGAUAGUUUCAGUUCUGUUCUUGAUUUGGGAGAAGCCAUGGUCCAGACUGGACAUUAUGCUGCUUUGGAGGUGGAGGAAAAGUGUAAUCAAUUACUCGAUGAAAGACAAAAGUUACACGCCGCCUGGCAACAGAAGAAGGUUCACCUCGAUCAGCUAAUAGAUCUACAUUUCUUCUUGCGAGAUGCUAAGCAACUGGACAAUUUGUCCACCACUCAGGAAGCUGCUCUGAGUGGAGACAACUUUGGAGACUCUGUGGAAGAGGUGGAUGCACAAGUGAAGAAGCAUAGUGAAUUCGAAAAGUUACUAGUGACCCAGGAAGAGAAACUAACAGCCCUGCAAGAGCACGGAGACAAAUUACUGGCACAGAAUCACUUUGACUCGCCUACAAUUGGAAAAAGAUUGAGCGAAGUGGUACAAAGGCGAACGAGAAUACGAAAUUUGUGUGACACUAGACGCAGGAGACUAGAAGCUGGUUUAUUACAUGCACAAUUUGUCAGAGAUGUAGCUGAGGCGGAGUCUUGGAUCGGUGAGAAGCAAAAGAAAUUGGACGCUGAGGCAUCAAAGGGCGAGGUAUCCAGUUUAGAAGACAAGAUUAAAAAGUUGCAGAAGCAUCAAGCGUUUCAAGCAGAGUUGGCUGCGAAUCAAAGUCGCAUCGAAGAGAUUAAGGCCAAAGGAGAAACUUUACUCGCCCAGAAACAUCCAGCGAGUGCUGAAAUUCGACAACAGUUGGAACACCUGCAUGCCUCGUGGAAAAAAUUGUUACUGGAAUCCGAAAAUCGCGGUAGAGGUUUAGAGGAGGCACAGGAUAUCCUUGAAUUCAAUAACCAAGUAGAGAAAAUUGAGGCUUGGAUACGGGAUAAGGAAAUGAUGGUCCAAGCUGGUGACACUGGUAAAGAUUAUGAGCAUUGCUUGAGCCUUCAAAGGAAGUUAGAUGAUGUAGAUAGUGAUAUGAGAGUAGAUGAUUCGAGAAUAAAGACAAUCAAUGCUUUGGCGGAUAAACUUAUUAGACAAGGUAGGGACAAUGAGUCGAAAGCAAUUCAACAGCGUAGAGACAACUUCAACAAUAAGUGGAAGGGUCUCCAGGGUGCAUUGAGCGCCUACAGGGAAACAUUAGCAGGGGCAUUGGAAAUCCACUUGUUUAACAGGGACAUAGAUGACACGAGCCAAAGAGUUAUUGAGAAAUCUGUUGCUAUGAACACAACAGAUGUGGGGAAAGAUUUACCUGCUGUUGAGCACUUGCAAAGAAAACAAGAAGCAAUGGAGAGAGAUAUGACUGCCAUUGAAGGAAAGUUGAGGGAACAUAAGACAGAAGCUAGAGGAUUAUCACAGAAAUACCCGGACAAGGCACCACAGAUUAAUGGCAUACUGUCAGAAUUGCAGUCAAAUUGGGAUGAUCUGCAACGACUCACACAACAUCGUCGCGAAGUAUUGAAUCAAGCUUACACAUUACACAAGUUCCAAGCUGAUCUACACGAGUUGGAACUCUGGGUGGCAGACACCAUAAAACGCAUGGAUGAAUCUGAUGCACCAACGACGAUAUCUGAAGCCAAAUCUUUGCUGGAGCUCCAUCAAGAGAGAAAAGCUGAAAUCGAUGGAAGGCAAGACACAUUCAAAGCCUUGAAAGAGCAUGGUCAGAAACUUCUUGUCAUAAAUGAGGAUGUAAAGGCGAACCUGAAGCAUCUGGAGGAUCUUAGAGAGGGCUUGGUCAAUGCUUGGGAGAGUCGAAGGCAGAAGUUAACACAAGCACAUCAGUUACAAUUAUUUAAAGAACAGGCUAAUCAAGCUGAUAGCUGGUUGGCAACAAAAGAGGCAUUCCUUAACAAUGAUGAUCUUGGUGAAUCGUUAUCUGGUGUCGAAGCACUAUUAAGAAAGCACGAAGAAUUCGAAAAGAUGCUUGUUUCACAAUUGGGUCGCAUUGAAGAAUUAGAGAAGUUUGCAAACGAUAUCUUGCUUGAAGAACAUGCAGAUGCAAGUAUUAUAAAGCAAAGACUGACAUCUGUCUGUGCUAGAAGGGAUAAGUUACAGAAUAGCGCGAGAGCAAGAAGGAAGAAAUUGAUGGAGAGUCAUCACUUACAUCAAUUCCUUCGAAACAUAUAUGAAGUUGAAGGCUGGUUACAUCAGAAACAACAGGUAGCCAGUGACGAGAACUACAGGGAUUCAUCAAACUUGCAAAGCAAAAUUCAGAAGCAUGCUGCUUUCGAAAGUGAACUAAUGGCGAAUAAAGGAAGAGUGGCAGCAGUAGUCGGUGAAGGUGAAGCGUUAAUUGAAGAGAAUCACUAUGCUUCGGACAGCAUACAAGAACGCCUAGAUGAACUGGAAGCUGAGUGGCGUCAUCUUCAAGAAACGAGUGAGCUAAAAAAGAACAGAUUGAACGAUGCUUAUCAAGCUUUACUAUUUGGACGUACUUUGGACGAAUUUGAAACAUGGAUGGACGAAGUGGAGACACAGUUGCAAUCAGAAGAUCACGGAAAAGACCUCUCAAGCGUAGCCAACUUACUGAAGAGACAUACCAAUUUAGAGAACGAUAUCCUCGGUCACAAUGAUGCCUGUGAAACGAUUAAAGAGACAGCAACUAAUUUUCAGAGAUCAAAUCAUUUUAUGGGCGAUGAGAUACAAGAAAGAGCAUUGGUUACGAUAAAUAGAUACCACAGCUUGCAGGAACCAAUGCAGAUAAGAAGAGACAAUUUGGAAGAUGCUAAAUUAUUGCAUCAGUUUGCGAGGGACGUUGAGGAUGAAUUACAUUGGCAGUCAGAGAAAGAGCCUUUGGCUGCUAGUAAUGACUUAGGUAGUUCAUUGACAACUGUACAAAGAUUGCAGAAGAAACAUCAUGCUUUGGAAGCAGAAUUGAUAUCCAGAGAACCCGUGGUAGCUUCUUUGGUUAGUAGAGCCACAGUUAUGAUAAGAAGUGGACACUUUGCAUCAGAAAAGAUUGAAAAGCUAUCGCAGGAAUUACAAGAGAAGCUUUCACAUCUAAGGGAUUUAGCUAGCGUGCGCAAGUUGCGUUUAUUAGAUGCUGUCGAAUCGCAAAUGUUCUAUGCUGAAGCUGCAGAAACUGAACAGUGGAUCAAAGAAAAGUAUCCUCAGUUAACUUCUACAGAUUAUGGGAAAGAUGAAGAUUCAGUUCAAUCUUUGCUGAAGAAGUUGGAGGAGAUUGAACGAGAUUUGCUAGGUUUUGAGAACACUGUUAGCAAUCUGCGAAAACUUUCACAGGGAUUGAUAGAGAGGCAUCAUUUUGAUAGCAAAAACAUUACCCAGAAGCAAACAGACAUUGAACAGAAAUUCAAAGAAUUGCAGAAGCUCAAGGACUAUAGAUUACAACGGCUUAGAGAGAGUGAAAAGUUGUUCAAGUUUAUUAGGCAAGCAGACGAAGUUAUCGAAUGGAUUGGUGAUCAAACAACUGUCGCUGCUUCAGAAGACUAUGGCCGUGACGUCGAACAUGUUGAGCUUCUGAUCCAGAUAUUCGAUAAUUUCUUAGCUGGUUUGACAACCAGCGAAGGUCGUGUAUCAGCAGUCUUAGAUGAGGGCCAAAGACUGAUAGCAGAGAACAAUCCGGAGAAGAAUAAAAUACUGAUGAAAAUUGAAGAAACAAAACAACAAUGGGAAGAUCUAAAGGAACUAGCACAUGCACGGCAGGACGCGCUAGCAGGUGCAAAACAAGUGCACAUGUUUGACAGGACAGCAGAUGAAACAAUUUCUUGGAUACAAGAAAAGGAAACUGCCCUCAGUUCUGACGGCUAUGGGCACGAUUUGGAGACCAUACAAGCACUAGUUAGGAAACACCAAGGUUUUGAAACGGAUUUGGGUGCUGUAAAAGAACAGGUCGAAUUACUGAUGGAAGAAGCGUCUAGGUUGAUAGAACUGUUUCCGGAUGCUCGGAUACACAUUGACGUGAAACACCAAGAAGCUGAAGCAACUUGGAACGAGCUACUAGAGAAGGCUGCCCAAAGACGAAGUAAAUUGGCACAAGCAGAGCAGCUACAGGCCUACUUGGGCGAGCAUAGAGACCUGAUGUCCUGGAUCAAUGAGAUGAUCGCCAAAGUAACAGCCCCAGAAUUGGCUCGAGAUGUUCCAGGUGCAGAAACAUUGAUAUCGCGACAUAGUGAAUAUAACACAGAGAUCGAGACACGAAACGAAGCUUUUGAUAAGUUCUACAAGACUGGUCAGGAACUGAUAGAGCAGGGUCAUUUCUUGGCAAAGGAAAUUGAGGAGAAGAUAUCUCUCUUGCGGCAUAGACAACAGUUCCUUAAGGAUACUUGGGAGCAAAGAAUGCGUAUAUACGAACAGAACCUGAAUACACAGUUGUUCAAACGAGAAGCUGAGACACUGGAGAACUGGAUAAUCAGCAGAGAGCCUAUGUUGCACGAUGGGAAGUUGGGCGAAAGUAUUCCUCAAGUGGAGGAAUUAAUUAGAAAGCAUGAAGAUUUUGAGAAAACUAUUGAAGCCCAAGAAGAAAGGUUUAGCGCUCUUAAGCGUAUAACUAUGUUGGAGGAGGCAUUCCAGAAACAACAGCAGGCUGAAAUGGCAGCCAGACAGGCCGAGAAAGAAAGAAUAGAGCGGGCACGUCUUGAAGAACGGAAACGUAAAGAGGUACAGAGAAUAACGGAAGAAAGAAAACGUGAGGAAGAACGAAGACGACUACUGGACAGUCCUCAUCGGACUGUACACGAUGAAGUUAACGGCACAACCGAUGAGCAUGAGUCUAUUAAUAAAUUGUCACCACUAAAGGCUUCAAUUUCACCUGAAAGUUUGGAUUCAACUCCAAUUCAAAAGCCACACGGCACACAGCAUGUGUUUGGCGAAAAACUACGGAGAACAACUCCUGAUAUCAAGAGAGCAGAAAGUAUGAAGGUUGAUACGAAAAAACCGAAAAGAACACCCAGCUUUACCACGAGAAGGCGGACUCAAAGCUUCAGGAAGCUUCAGCGAAUGGAGAGCAUGGAUGCUUUGCCUCCGGUAGAGAUACAAGGUUUUCUGGAAAGAAAGCAUGAGUUGCAGAGCGCUGGCAAAAAAGCGGCUGUUCGUUCGUGGAAGCAGUACUAUACCGUAUUAUGUGGACAGCUACUGUGCUUCUUUAAGGACAUGGAGGACUUCUCGUUAAGUAAAGCAGCUACUGCUCCUAUCACGAUUUUCAACGCCAUAUGCGAGAAAGCAGAUGACUAUACCAAGAAGAAGAAUGUGUUCAGGUUAAAGUGUACAGAUGGAUCAGAAUUCCUAUUCCUUGCACCUAGUCAGCAAGAGAUGGAAGAUUGGGUCAACAAGAUAUCUUUCCACGCUAAAUUACCCCCUAGCCUUCAACUUUUAAGCUACGAUGAAUCUCAGAAGGAGGGUCUAGAAAGAUUGCAGAAUGUGUCAGUGGAGCAUGUUGAUGACAAUCUAUCAACUGGUAGUAGUCAUGCUUCCACUCCUGAAUUGGAACGAAAAAAUUCCGUGAUUAGACGUGACAUGCCCUACCAACAUUCCUCUAGCAGCGUUCAGAUUGAAUUUCUGCAAAUGCACCGGCAAAAUCAGCAACGACGUGACCCGCAGAACAACACUGAAUUCGUAGCCUCUCAAAGAAUAGAACCGCAGCAUCAAACGCAAACAGAGUUUUUGCAGAUACAUAGACAGCAGCAAUUAUUGGCGCAGCAGCAACAGAUGAUGCAACAGGAACAAUUAACUAGUCAACGAGAACAAUACCAACCGAAUUUGGGAGAUAAACCACCGAUUCCACCACGGGGAGCGCCACCGCCUAUUCCUACAAGGUCACCAAGUUCAGAUGCUCUACCACAGUACAGACGUGAUGAAGCAGAACAUGUGCAAGGAAGACCUGGAUUUUAUCAGCAACGUAGUGCAACAUUAAACCAUAAUGGGUCCGGUCAGUACUCGUCAAAUUCAAACUGGCAUAGACAAAGUAGUGUAGACCUCACAUCACAACAACAAGAAUUAGCACCUCCCUUGCCAUUGACCGCUCCUCCACCAACCAGAAUGGCUCAGUGGAGUGCCCCUCAUGAUCCUGCUUAUGGGAAUGUUCCCGUAAAUACCAGACAGGGUAUGCAACAGCAAAAUAAUUCUUUCACAGGACGACCAGUGUCCUUGCCACCAUAUGUGGCUCCACCGGCUGUGCCACAAAACACACAAAACAUUACAGUCGUAGAUGGAAGAAGGGCCAGUGAAAGUGGAUCAGAGAGUGAGCACAGUAUGAGUAGUAACCGCAAGGAUAGGGAUUACAAAAGAAGUUCUGUUUUGAGUAAUCUAUUUGGUAGACGUAAGAAGCCUUCUCAGUCGUAAUAUUUAAUUACACAUUUAAUUUACAUGGAACAUGUGGAAGAUAUGAAAGUGGCAGAUGAUAAGUAGUUCCUUUAAAUGCGUUAGGAAGGACGUGUGUAUAUGUUAUCUUUGCUACAUGCUACAUUAACAUCCCUUGUAAAUUAUUUUUAUGUACUAUACAAGUUUAACAUUGAGUAGAGAUUUAUUAUUCGCGUUAUUCAAUAACGUGAUGUAUGUUGAGUUGAUCAUGUAGGAGACGACCUACAGAUAAUGUGUAGAUGAAGAUAGCUGCAAUGGAAAAGCGACACGUUGCAGUUCAACGUACUUUCUCAAUUCUGUUUUAUUGAACACACAUAUCUCUCUUAUUGCAAGAAAUCUUAGACAUGGAGCACUGUUCUCAUACAUUGUGCACAGUUAUUGAAUUUUUUGAGAAUAUAGAUACAGAUUUACCUAUAACACACCCAA